AUGUAACUGCACAACUGAAUCCCUACAGAAGCUAUGGACCGGACCGACAAGAGAAUCCGCUACUAUACGGUUCACCAGUAAUAUAUUUCAGGUCGCAAAACUGUAAAAGAACUGGGGAGCUCGACGACCGAGAGUCCGAGACUCUCUUUCUCCCCAUCUCUAUUUCUAUCUGAAUCACUCUCACUCUGGUUACAUUCAUUUCUAAGAAACUUGUUUUUUUCGAAUUCUUCGAUCCCUUGUUGCAUAUGGUUUUCGGGGAUCGAUCAUGGCGAACUAUCUAGCUCAGUUUCAGACAAUCAAGAACGCUUGUGAUCACCUGAUCAUUGCAGUUGAAGAUGUAAGUGACUUAUGGCCCAUUGUCAGAGCCGGAUUUGAAGAGCGAUUGCCACUCAAAAGAGCUUGUUUGAAUAACAAGACUCGUAAUUCUGUUUAUGUGGAACAACUGCCUGCUGAGUUCAUAUUAACAACAGACUCAAGGCUGCGCAGCCGUUAUCCACAGGAGCUGUCAGUAUUUUGGUUCCGAGAACCAUAUGCUACUGUGGUACUUGUUACUUGUGAGGACCUUGAUGAGUUCAGGACCAUAUUGAAACCACGUCUAAAACUAAUUGUUCAAAAUGAUGAGCGAGAGUGGUUUAUUGUAUUUGUGUCAAAAGCUCACCCCAGCAAUGACCAGGCCACCAAGUUAGCAAAAAAAAUAUAUGCCAAACUAGAAGUCGAUUUUAGUUCAAAGAAGAGAGAAAGGUGCUGCAAAUUUGAUAUGCAUGGGCCAGAGUCAAACUUUUGGGAAGAUUUGGAUUCUAAGAUUGUGGAGUCUAUAAGGAAUACAUUGGAUAGGCGUAUUCAAUUCUAUGAAGAUGAGAUUCGCAAGUUUAGUGAGCAGCGCCUCAUGCCAGUGUGGAACUUCUGCAAUUUCUUCAUUUUGAAGGAAAGCUUGGCUUUUAUGUUUGAGAUGGCUCAUCUUCAUGAAGAUUCUUUGCGUGAAUAUGAUGAACUAGAACUUUGCUAUUUAGAAACAGUCAAUACGACAUCUGCAAAACACAGGGAUUUUGGUGGAGUGGAUCAUGGUGAUGAUCAAGCAGCACUACUAAAGCCAGGAUAUAAACCACUGUCACAGAUCGCUCAGGAUGAUUCGUUUAGAGAGUUUGAAUUCAGGCAGUAUCUGUUUGCCUGUCAAGCUAAGCUAUUAUUCAAGUUAAAUCGUCCAGUUGAGGUUGCAUCAAGAGGUUAUUCAUUUGUAAUCAGCUUCUCCAAGGGAUUGGCACUGCACGAGAAUACUUUACCUUUUUGUAUGCGUGAAGUCUGGGUGAUAACUGCUUGCUUGGCGCUAAUCAAUGCCACCAUUUAUCAUUAUAAUGACGGAAUUGUGGCACCCGAUGUGGAAAAGGAGUUCUACAGGCUCCAGGGUGAUCUAUAUUCACUAUGCCGAAUUAAGUUUCUGAGGCUUGCAUAUCUAAUUGGAUAUGGAACAGAGAUAGAAAGAAGUCCUGUUAACAGUGCUGCACUGAGCAUGUUGCCUUGGCCCAAGCCAGCAGUUUGGCCUAUAGUUCCCCCUGAUGCUUCGUCUGAGGUCCUCACAAAAGAGAAGGCAAGCCAUUUAAUUUAUAUAUGUGGUCUAUGCUGACACAACUGAGGAAAGGGACAAAUCCAGAAUGUUUCCUUGUGGACCGCAUCCUUCCAGGAUGUAAAUUCCUUGUUUUUAAGUUGUGCUGAUCCAAAUCAUGAAUUGUGUGGUUACUAUUGAAUUGGUGGCAAGCGGAUUCAGAUACCCUACUAAGUCUUGGGCUUGAAUCUUACCAAUUCAAUCAUU